CUUUCAGACUGGAGGGAGUCGGACCGAACGAACUGGGGUUCCCAAAUAACGGGAACAUAGAGACAGACACACAGACGGAUGGCGGGACAGAGCCAAAGAAAAUAUACCGCAUAACGGGUACCGUGUUUAUGUUUUUCGUUCAGCUUUUGUUUAUAAAAAAAGCAGUUUUUUUUAUUUAUCUUUUAUUUAUCGAUUGAUUGCGUUUUAAUUACCGGCCUGUGAAAGAGAGAGGGGGAGGAGCAAAAGCCAGAUGGGGGUUCCUGUGUAGCCUUACUUAUUAUUUGUUAUUUAAAUGUUACAAAUAAUUUAAUUGUAGGCUAUAUUUUAUCAUAAUGCUGCUUUGUGUGCAUGUAUUCGUGAGCUGACCGAUAGCAAGACUGCUAAUAACCAAAUAUAAAGAACCAAAAAUAACAACUUCACAAUACACCUGUUAUAACAGACAGUGAAAAAAUAAUAGUUUUUCAUGAAAGCAAAUCUGGAGAUAUUUAGUUAGAAGCUUAAACCAAAGCAAAACCGAUCGAGGAAAAGGAGGCCACUGUGACAAAAAGAGUCGCACACCUGUCUUGAUAAGCAAAACAUAUGGAAAUACCUUCAAGAAUAUAAAAAAAUAAUAUUCGAUACAGUUUAUAUCUAGGCUGUUUUGUAGCUACAUACAGGCCUAACUUUUACCAAUGAGAAAAUACCAGCGUUAGAGAGUCACACUACGUAUAUUUAUUCUGUCAAUGACUAAUAUCAACAGAAGCCUGUUUUACAUAUAGCUGGCGUGGUGUGUAUCCCGACUAUCCGUCUGUGUGUUAGUCUCAAGUGAGGACCGUUGUCAGAUCUACCAAGGGACCAUAUAUCCACAUCGAUAUGACAGAGGCACAAAACCAAAAAUGUGAAUGUAGCAUAGGCUAGUCACCAACUCAACCAAAUAUUCUUCCUACUAAACAUAUUUUACCUGGAAAGCAUACGAAGAAAAGCAAAGAAGAACAGAAGACAAGCGCAAUUCGAAGAAAACUGCAAAUAAAAACCAAGACGACAGCGGAUCAUGUUUGUUCCCUUGCCGGUGCCGUUCGUCUUUCAGAGAACUGCUUCCGACUUCAGCGCCUGGCGUCUCAAGUCCCCGCUGGCUCUACGCUCCAGCUCCAGCUCCGAUAUCAGGAUGUCAAAACCAGCAGAGGAUGAGAAGACUGGGGCAGACUUUCCAGGGGAGAGCACAGACUCCGAGAGGAACAGUCCCGAUGCCAAAAAUCAGGUUCAGCCAAUGAAAACGAGUCCCUUCAGUCUUUCUCCUACCUUGAGCAGCAUCAAGAGUAAAAGUGAGGCGGGACCUGAGAUGACCUCCACCCAUGUGCCGCCUCCCUCCCAGCAGCAGACGCCUCACCCUCACACACAACUCAUGUUGGCAGGGAGUCAGCUGGCAGGGCUGGCUGCCCUCUUGCCUGCGCAGCAGCAGCUGUUGCUUCAGCAGGCCCAGGCUCAGCUCCUGGCCGCCGCCGUGCAGCAGUCCAACGCGGCUCACGCUGUUCAUGCCGCCCACGCAGCCGCCCAAGCCAAUCAGCAGCAGCAGCAACAACAGCUGACCAAACAGGAGCAAGCCCCGCCCCAGCUCACCCUCUCUCAGCCUAUCCAGCUCACCGCCCAGGAUAUCCAACAGCUGUUGCAGCUGCAGCAGUUAGUCCUGAUGCCCGGCCACCACCUGCAUUCUCCUCAGUUCCUCCUGCCUCAAGCCCAGGGACAACAGGGGCAGCAGGGUAAGUGGGACCUACUAAGUUUGCUCUCGACACCUAAUUUAAUUCCCCUACCUCAGCAUCAGCAAAGCCAGGGGAGUCUUCUAACUACACCACCCAGGAUGGGACUGCAAGCACAGCGUCGCCAUGGUGAUGGCCUCUCAUCAUUACAGAGGGACAAGAGCGGGGACGGCGGCGUGACCACCGGGGCCUCAGCAGCCCCCAUGACCUCGGUGACCUCUGGCCCGCACGGCGAGGAGCCCAGUGACCUGGAGGAGCUGGAGCAGUUCGCCCGCACCUUCAAACAGAGACGCAUCAAACUAGGCUUCACACAGGGUGACGUAGGCAUGGCGAUGGGGAAACUGUAUGGGAAUGAUUUCAGCCAGACCACCAUCUCUCGCUUCGAGGCCCUCAACCUGAGCUUUAAGAAUAUGUGCAAGCUCAAGCCUCUGCUUGAGAAGUGGCUAAACGAUGCAGAGACCAUGGCGAUAGACAGCAUGCUUCCCAGCCCGAACUCUCUCUCCUCCCCCAUGAUGGGGUUUGAGGGCAUGCCGGGGCGCCGCAGGAAGAAACGCACCAGCAUUGAGACCAACGUUCGGGUGGCUUUAGAGCACAACUUCAUCUUGAACCAGAAGCCUAACUCAGAGGAGAUCCUCCUGAUGGGCCAGCAGCUCAACAUGGAGAAGGAGGUGAUCCGGGUCUGGUUCUGCAACCGACGCCAGAAAGAGAAGCGCAUCAACCCUUGCAGUGCCACCCCACCCCUGCCCAGCCAGCCCCCCUCUGUGAUGCACAAACCCCCCUGCUACAGCCCACACAUGAUGUCCAGUCAGGGGCUGCACCAGGCUGCCACCAGCCUCAGCACAACAGUGACCAGUCCAUCGCCCUCGGCGACCUGCCCUCUGACUCCCAGUGGCUCUGCAGCCACCAGCUCCGCCUCCUCCUCUAUGACUCCGCCUCCACACAGCACAGCCAGCCCCGCCCCUCCCACCCUCAGUACCCACAGCCUGAACGCUGGGAACACAAUGAUGGGAGUAAGCACAGGGAUGAACCAGGCUCUCGUCAGCAGCAAUCCCCUGGCCACAAUGCAAGCUCUGGCUGCCAGUGGUGGGCAGCUGCCCAUUUCCAGUCUUGAGGCCGGAGGUCAGAUGAUCCUGAGCGGGGCUGGGGUUCGCCCCUCCCUAUUCUUCAACCGUCACACCCUUCUGCCUAUGGCGUCCCCCCAAGCCGGCGUGGGAUUGGUCGGCAGUCCCAGGGGCGCCUCUCCACCCCCCGGCGCCAGCGGCAUGGACGUCGACUCCUGCUCCGCCUCUCCCUGCUCCAGCCCUGGCUCCUUCUGCUCGUUCAGCGAAGCCUCACCGCCGCCGCUUGGCGGGGCCAUGGCCGAGUGAUGACGACACAACCCAAAGGAUCCUAUCAGAAGGAGGAGGAGGAGGAGUUUUAGUGGAGCUUUACAGAAAAACCUUGCCUUUCAACCAAAGCCAUCUAUCUCUCCCUCCAUUUGUCGCCUCUGCUCUCUCUCCCAGAGUCUUUCAAAGCCAAAAAAAUACACCGAUUGAAAGAGGAAGAAGAGAGCAAGGAAGAAUGGAGAGGAGGAGAGAACAGGAGAACGGGGGAGAUUUAAACCAAAAAAAUGAUAUAUCUAUACAGUUGGAGAGGUGGCAUUGUGGAAGGCAGUACAUUUAUUCCUUUCUCUGGAAAAGAACAAAUGAGCUGACAAAACUGGAUGAAAAAGAGGGCAGGGAUGAGAACUGAACUAAGACUUUGUGUGAGAGAUGGGUGGCAAGGACAGGAAAGGAAGGAAAGAAAGAAAGACUUUCAACAAGCUUCAGCGGAUGGAUGGAAAGAAAACCAAAUAAAAAACUAGAGGGAAACACACAAAGACAAAAAUGACAAACAUGCCAAAAUCUCCAAAACCGAAGUACCAAAAACUGAAACCAAAAAAACGGAGAGAAAAGCUUUACUUAAAAGACUUAUGAUUCUGAUCUGUCCAGGAUCAGCACAUCAACCACACUCAACAACGCCAAAAACAUGUAUCAUUUCAUCGUAAUAUGCUCUUUUACAACGUUUAUUUUUGUAUUUUAUAUGAUUUGAGCUUUGGGUUAUGUCAUACCAAAUUAAACAUGAUUUGAUAUAGAUAUCUUAGUAGUGUCAGUCCUCCCACAUAUCUCUACCUACCUCUCUAGUGGCUCUACAGUUUCAACCUAGUUACAGUAUUAAACUGUAUUGUGGAUUUAGCAGUCACCUCAGACUAAUAACAAUUAGUAACUUUACAACUUAUUUUGUGGGUUAUUUUCUUAUUACUGAUUUUUCUAAUUGAAUCCUCAUAGUCAUGACCAUCGUAAAUUGUAAUCAUCACCAUUAGGGUUAUUAUCUUCAAUAUUUGUUUAAUAUGAUGAGAUAUUGUUGCCUCCUUUGUUUCAGUCCAAAAUUAUUGACACCCUUGAUAAAGAUGUGCAAUAAUGACUCUAUAAAAUAAAGAAUUCAAAUACUGGACUAUAUUGUAUGCAAAAUAAAUGGGGAAAUUAUAUUAUGUUAUAUGAAUAAUUGCUCAG